CUGGUAGUAUAAAAAGCAUGGUUCUUAUCAAAUGCAAGUCAGUUUUGCUUGCAACUGUAAGUACGCCGUACGUCCCGGUAUAUCACUUUGACAUAGAAAUAAUUACAAAAGAUGGCUGAAACAUUGGAACAACUCAUGGAAGUCACGCCUGCUAUUGAAGUUGUUUAUGCAGCGGGUGCGAAAGUGGAAAGAGGCAAUGAACUCACACCAACGCAGGUCAAGGAGCAGCCCACCAGUGUCAGCUGGCCGGUAGAAGACGGUGCAUUCUACACGCUCCUGUUUCUCUGCCCCGACUCGCCGACGAGGACUGACCGCCAAUAUGCCGAUGUGUGGCACUGGCUGGUGGUGAACAUCCCCGGCAACAAUCUGGCGGAAGGUCACACGGUUGCCGAGUACGUGGGCGCGGCACCAGCUGAGGACGCAGGGUUGAAACGUUACAUAUACCUCGUCUUCAAACAGCAGGGAAAAUCCGAAACCGACAAAGUUAUUUCAAAAUCUAACAUGGACGGUCGCAUAAAGCGUAAAACCAAGGAAGUAGUGGAAAAAUAUAAUUUAGGAAAACCGGUUGCUGCUGGCUAUUUUCAGGCUAAAUAUGAUGACUAUGUGGCCCAACUGAGAGCGCAGCUGCCAAAACCGGAAUGAGAAACAUAAUUGAAAAAUGUAUCUUCUAAAAUAAUGUAAAGAACUAUGUGCUAUUUUGAAAAUAAAAAGAACAAUUACAUCAAACUUAAA